AUUCGAGUCGCAUGCAUGGCUUCCACCAAGCCUAUAUUCCCUUUUAUUCGUUACGCCCGUCCUCUGCAUCUGGCGCUUCAGCCUCCAAGCAAAGAUCUUGAGCUUACCGCCUCGCGCUUGAUACAAUUAAUUGAGAUACCCGGCAUCUUCGGCGGUGCCAUGUCUAAGAUCAUAUGGGACCUGGUUGAGCUGACCUGGUACUGCGAAUGGAUCAAGAGUGGGCCAAGCUACCAAGACUUUGACGAGGAGACCGAGGACUACUUCAACACCGAAGUGCUCCACGUGGAAUACGCCCUCCAUACGGAUCGCUUCACCGCUACCGGCGAAGUCAAGGGUGAUGCCACCAUCGAGGGCUGCGUUCGACUGGCUUGCUUGUUAUUCCACAACAACGUGAUCUGGAAUUUCUACCCGGUGGUCGCACCGGUCUUCCCCAAACCGAUUAUCAAUCUUCGCCUGGCACUAGAGACGACGAUGAAAGCCGGGUACUUCGAGCUGUGUCGCGACGUCUUGAUCUGGAUUCUAUUCAUCGGGGCCACCAGCUCCGGCCUGCUCCCCGAUCGAGCCUUCUUUGUGAAUGAGCUCGCCAUCGUGCUAAGGCAGGAAGGAAUCCCAUCGUGGCAGGAGCUCCGCGCGCUCCUGCUGGGAUUUUUCUACGUGGACCGGUCCUAUCUUAAGCCGCUACGGGAGUUGUGGGAUGAACUCCACACCAUGCCGGUCGUAUCGCCGGAGUGUAUAUAAGGGGCCUUUUUCUUCUUUUGGGGGUUGAUACUUAUGUUUAUAUAUAGGGGCUUCACAGCAUGUCGGUUUCAUAUGCACAUGUUCUAUGUAUGAUAUACUAAUGAGAUGAGACAUGGUAUAUAUGAUUCAGGGUCGUGAUUUGUUUGGUUGUGCCAUACCCCCCCCCGCCCUUUGCUAGCAUAAUGUCUGUUUAUAAUAUUAUCCCGGAUCAUACCACCAGAUCAAUGCAACCAAGACUGAUUGGCAGUGAAACCAGCC